AAUCUCGUGUCUAUAUAAACGCGCCGACCGUUCACUCGGGGAUCAUUGAAACUGUAUACGGCGAGGAAAAACGGAGUUAGCGAAGCGGAGAUUUCUAUAAAGAAACAAGUAUGUCACGCUUGAGUAUUUGUGUUGUGCUGCUGAUGUUGUUUGGAACGCUCUUGGCGGAGGAGCAAAUAGAAUACGAUGACGAGCUGCCUAAGUCUCUGGAGACCAUAGAGCCGAGAUUAGGCUUUAACUUUUUCGACAACCUACGGAAAUACCUCUGUAAUAGCUCGAUUUGCAUGUCCGCGGACACCACGUCGUAUAUUGUGAAUCGCAUAUGCGCUAUUAAGUGCCCCGAAUUAUAUUUGCCGCACGGUACGACCACACCAGGAAACGCGCCAUCGACAGCUUCGCCGAUGACGACCCAGUCGACUACAGCAUCAUCGCCUACAACGAACCCUACUACUUCACCGACGACGAGCUCUACUACUUCACCUACGACAAGCUCUACUACUUCACCUACGACGAGCUCUACUACUUCACCUACGACGAGCUCUACUACUUCACCUACGACGAGCUCUACUACUUCACCUACGACGAGCUCUACUACUUCAUCUACGACAUCUACGACAUCUACGACAACUACAACAACUAUGAUGUCUCCUGUGAUGGGGGGAUAAAUAAAAUAAUCUCACGGUGCAAACACGACAACAAAGGCAACGAGUAUCAAUACAAUAUUGCUAACAACAAAAAAUUAUACGAAUUAGGAAACUAUAUACUUAAUGAUGAAGUAACAACUAGUGCCAGGCGCAUCGAUCAUAAUUGUACUCUACGUCCAUAUGUAGACGAUAUAAACAAUGUACGAAAUACAUCAAUUGUUCGGGAAACACAUGGUCCAAUACAGAGAUAGCGCGAAUUUGACCAAAUCUUUAUUAUUUUAUAUGUAUUUCAGAGCUUUCUUUUUAUUAGAUUAAGCAUGACAGUAUGGAGCAAUUUGUUGAUUACUUUUGGUUUGACAGUGCACCAAAGUGGACUCUGCAAGCGAUGGAUUCUGCAUUUGGUCACACCAGCAAAGAUUGAACUGAAUAGUUUCAUUCUUUCUCGCAUAUUUUGAGAUGAUUUUGAAGCAGUCUGAAGGAUUUUUAUCAAUGGUUUAUAGCCGCCGUUGAAACAUGCGUCUAUCACUUCGCUCCAAAAACAAGAAAACAAUAAACGCACAGAGACAUUUGAAACGUUUACUUUGGCGCAUUGUCAAAGACUAAUCGACACAUCACUUUAUACCGUCAUUGUACUUAACCUAAUAAAGAAUGGUUCUGAAAUACGGUAAUAAAGAUUUAGCCAAAUUCGCAUUACCUCUCUAUUAGGUCGCCUACUUUCCGAAUGACUUUCAUAUAAGAUAAAUUCGGAUAAGAUGGCCAUACUUUUUUAAAAUGCAAAAUAUAUUUCUAUAUAUAAAUAUAUUUCUUUUUGUUAUUUCUUAAUAACGUUUGGCUAUACAUUAUUUCACUGAAACCCACAGUACAUAAUACUAUCAGAGUCAAAGGAAAAAUAAUUCAUUGAUAUUAUUUAUUAUAAAAAUAUCAAAACAUGAGCAAUAGCUAUCUUACCUGAAUUUUUCAGAUAAGAUGGCCAGGAAUUAAGGAAUAGAUAGUUCAUAUUUUAUGUUCAAGAUGUAUCUAUUAUUUUAUAAAAUAAUGAAAAAAACAUAAUUUGACAUAUUUAUGGUAGUGAGGGAUAUUUAAUACAUAUUAUUUGUGAAAAAUAUAAUACACAUAUAAAAUAGAAACUUCUAUUACAAAACUUAAAUUCUAAAUGCAAUCUUUUGAUCAAAACAUUACACAUAAGAUUUAAUUACUGUAAUAUUGAAAGUAAUUUUUGAAACAUUAUUUUCGUUUUAUAAAUGUUCAUAAAAUGAUAGAGGGCCAUCUUACACAAAAUGUGAGAGAAAAACAGCCAUAGUAUUUAUAAACAAAUAAUGAAAACAAAAAUAAAAACUGCAUGUUAUAUUACAAUUUA